AGAACUCUACGGUACUUAAACAUUGCAAAACUCUAUGUUGCUGUCAAGGAGUAUGAAACAGCUAAGCAUUACCUGGCUGGCUUUCUCAGCAUACAGCCUGGCCACGCUGCAGCACAUAAACUUCUGGGACAAGUGUUUGAGGCAUCCACAGAUAAUGAAAAAGCUAUAGAGUCAUACAAAAGGUCACUGCAGGCCAAUUCGACACAGAAAGAUCUGUUUUUGAAAAUCUGCGAACUGCUGUGCAAGUCUUCUGUCGACGUAGAAAAAGCACGAUAUUGGUUGGAGAAAGCAGAAAAAGUGUUUCACCACCAUCCAAUUUUGUAUAAACUGAAGGAUAAGGUUCUUGGAUGCAAUGCACACAAAGAUCCACAAGAGUUAGAACAAGUUUAUGCAGUUGAGCUUGCUGAACGCCCAAACGAUUUGGGCCUGCGUAUACGCCUCCUGCAUCUCUACAUGAUGACAGAGCGCUGCAAGGAUGCAUAUGAACACAGUGUGCAAGUGGAGGCACAACAGCCAUAUUCACAUAGCCGCGAAUGGUACAUGUGUCUGGCUGAGAUCAGUCAGGCAUAUCUUGAUAAAUACUUGGAUGGCUGUGGAGUGGAUUUCUACAUACAUCUACUGAGCAUACUGGAUAAGCUAGUUUAUCUUAGUCUUGAGAAUGGACUUGAGCAAGGGACGGCAGGUGCUGCAUCACUGGCAGAUUGUUCUGAUGCUCUACAUCGAUUCGACCAAGCUGCAAAAAAUGCCUUCCAGCUGGACGGUGGAGAAAGGAAAGAUUGGCUUUUAUUUACGGAACACAUGAAAGGCCAACUUUUCCUUCAUGCUGCAAUCCUGGUUAUGAAACGGUGCCAACAGUACACAAAGAGCUGGAAGGAGAGCACAGACGACUCUCUGGCAUGUUUCUUGGUUGCCUAUAGUUUUACGCCUCUAGAUAAAAAAAGUGUGUGGUAUGCAAGAGGAAGUGACCUGCAGAAAAGGUUCUACAACCGUUGUUUUAGUGCAGCUUGUGUUCGUCUAAGCCAGGCUG